UUAUCAAACCCUAAUUUUCUCUCUUCCACUUCGUCAAUUUGGAUUUCAUGGAUUUCCACAGCCUUACCAGAAGAGAGCUUCAAUCUCUCUGCAAGCUCAACAAGAUCCCAGCUAACAUCACCAAUGUUGCCAUGGCUGAUGCUCUUCAAUCUCUUCAGACCGUUGAAGGUAUUGAGGAGUUUUUGAACGUCUCACAGUCUGAGACCGAUGGGUUGGUUGAACCAAUGGAAAAGGUUGAGGUUUCUUCUCCUAAAGCACCUCAAACAAGAUGCAGAACAUCUACUCGGCAAAAGGUGAAAAAUGGGGAUGGUGUAAAUUUGCCGCCCACUGCCACAAGGACAACUCGCCGUGGAAGCAAGCAAUUGACCGCAGAUGUGGAAGAUUCAAAGAGCAAUAUGGUUAAAACCCCCGCUAUUGCCAGCACCAGGAGGAAGGCUCUGGCAACUUCGUCUUGCCGGAAUGUCAACAACCGACUGAAUGAGUGCGAAGAAGAGGCAAAAAAGGAGAGUACUGUUCAGAAAGCAUACAGCACAAGGCGAUCGACUAGGCUGACUGAAAAGAAAUCUGCAGAGCCGGAAGUGAAGAAGGAAAGUGAAAAAGCAAUUAAGAUGAAUUCAUUUGUGGAUGAAAUGGAUGUAUUAUCAAAAGUGGAUGAAGUGAAUGUGACAUCAGAAGAAGUGUGCGAGCUGGAUGAAGCUCCAGAGAACACAGUGGGAUCAGGCAUGCCAAAUGCGGAAGUGGCAGACAUUUGUAAAGCCUUUGAGAAACUUGAUGUCCUGAUUAACGGAAGUGCUCCGAGUUCAGUGCUUGAGAAGGAUGUGGAUAUUGAAGUUGCACACAAAAAUGGAGAAGAAAAAGAUUGUGGCGAACUUGAUAAUCUAAAGCUGGAAUCAGAUGAAACCCCAAAUCCAAGUGAGGACGGGGAUUUAGAAGGGAAACUGAUGAUUGAAGAGAAGUUUGAUCUGGGAGAAAAGUUUAGUUCUGAGGAGGCUGAGAAUGAUGAGGUAUUUGAUCAGAAAACAGAGUUAGAUGGCAUCUCAAGCCCGUGUGAAGAUGAUGAUUCAGAAGAGAAACUCGAUUCUGGGGAGAAGUUUGAUGCCACUGAAGUUAGCUCUAAAGAAAUUUCAGGAGAUAACUUGAGUGCCUCCAAGGAUCAUGAUCUUGUUAUGGCUCCAGAAGAAGACUCUGAUAGCUUCGAAUCAGGAGAUGAAGAAGUAGAUAUAGAUACCCCAUUUAACACCGAGAACUUGAGUGGUGCACAAGAAUUUGAACAGGAAGACAUGCUCUGUGCUGUUUCAGAGAUGAAGGAUCAAGUCCUGGAGAACAAUGAGUAUUCAAGUUUGGUGAGCGAUAUGGUUCUUUCCAUCACCGAGAAUCCGAGCGAGGCUUUUGAAUCGGACAAUUUUAGCACUGCUGAUGAAAUAACCAAAAAUGAUAUGGAACAAGUGUCACAAAACAUGGUUGAUGAAACCUUAGAUGUAAUCCCUGCCAUCGAUAAUACCAUAACGGCUGAAGAAGUUCAAGAUCUUAAACUCUUUACUGAAUUCCGCGAGUUUCCAUCCAAGAAAACUCCGAUCAAGACACCAACAUCAUUCAAGAACACGAGUAGAAUUGUUUCGGAUGAUAAAGAGAACAUUGAUAGUGGAAGAAAAUUGCAGAAUGUUUUUGUGGAUGAAGGAAAGAAGAGCAAGAAAGAGAAGGAUGAGAAUGAUAAGGUGAAGAGUUUACAUGAGAUAAGUAUGAGGCAGCUAAGAAAACAAGUGAAAGCAUUGACAUUGAAGAACCUCAAUGCUCAUGAAGAUGCUGCUGCUAAGGAGGCUGCAACAAGACCAGCGUUGCAAGUACUAUGUGAGAACCAAUUGGUGGGUGGUGAAACAAAGAAAUGAGAGGGUAUUUGUAGGCAGAAUAAUAAGUUGGAAUUUGAUCAUUUCUGAUGAUGAUAUUGAGAUUGGAGGGUGUUUUAAAGACCUUUGAUACGAAAACUCGUAGAAUUCCUCAUAUGGGAUGAACAAUGACUAAUUGUUUUUGUCCCAAGUUUGAUUUGAUCUUGUUGUAACCGGUAUAUGUUUUCCGUUCAAAAGUGAUAU